CAUCAUCCAUCCCAGCAAAACCAGAGUGGAUUACAUGGCAUUUAUUUGCGAGCCUUCUGCACGGGUCUUGAUUCAGUGCUGCAGCCAUAUCGACAGGCACUGCUUGACCUAGAACAAGAGUUUCUGGCUGACCCGCAUCUUUCCAUCUCACAUGUUAAUUAUUCCUUGGACCAGUUCCAGUUACUCUUCCCCUCUGUGAUGGUCAUGGUGGAACAGAUCAAGACUCAGAAGAUUCAUGGGUGUCAGAUAUUGGAGACAGUCCACAAGCAUAGCUGUGGGGGGUUGCCUCCUGUUCGCAGUGCUCUUGAGAAGAUUCUGGCUGUGUGUCAUGGAGUCAUGUAUAAGCAGCUCUCUGCCUGGAUGCUGCAUGGAUUGCUCCUAGACCAACAUGAAGAGUUCUUCAUCAAACAGGGCCCCUCUUCUGGGAAUGUCCCUAGCCAACCCGAAGAAGAUGACGAUGACCUAGGAAUUGGGGGACUUACAGGAAAACAGUUACGAGAACUGCAGGACCUGCGCUUGAUUGAGGAGGAGAACAUGUUAGCUCCAUCUCUAAAACAGUUUUCUCUGCGAGUAGAAAUGCUGCCGUCAUACAUUCCUGUGCGGGUUGCUGAGAAAAUCCUCUUUGUGGGAGAAUCUGUACAGAUGUUUGAGAAUCAAAAUGUUAACCUGACCAGAAAAGGCUCCAUCCUAAAAAACCAGGAAGACACUUUUGCAGCAGAGCUACAUCGACUCAAGCAGCAACCGCUCUUUAGUGUGGUGGACUUUGAAUCAGUGGUUGACUGGAUACGGAGCACUGUGGCUGAGCAUCUUUGGAAACUGAUGGUGGAGGAAUCAGAUUUACUAGGACAACUGAAGAUUAUAAAAGACUUUUACCUUUUGGGAAGAGGGGAGCUCUUUCAGGCCUUCAUUGACACUGCACAGCACAUGUUAAAAACACCGCCUACGGCUGUAACUGAACAUGAUGUCAACGUUGCAUUUCAGCAAUCUGCUCAUAAGGUACUGUUAGAUGAUGACAACCUUCUUCCUCUGCUUCACUUAACCAUUGAGUAUCACGGAAAGGAGCAUAAAGAUACUUCUCAGACUCGUGAAGGGCCUUCCCGGGAGUUAUCGCCACGCGAAGCCCCCGCAUCUGGAUGGGCAGCUCUGGGCCUUUCUUACAAAGUUCAAUGGCCACUGCACAUUCUCUUUACUCCUGCUGUUCUGGAGAAGUACAAUGUUGUGUUCAAAUACCUGCUGAGUGUGCGACGAGUCCAGGCUGAGCUACAGCACUGCUGGGCUCUCCAGAUGCAACGCAAACACCUGAAAUCUAACAGAACCGAUGCCAUCAAGUGGCGUCUGAGGGAUCACAUGGCUUUCCUUGUGGACAAUCUUCAGUAUUACCUGCAGGUGGAUGUACUGGAAUCUCAGUUCUCACAGCUUCUGCAGCAGAUAAAUGCCACACGAGAUUUUGAGAGUAUACGGUUGGCUCAUGAUCAUUUCUUAAGUAAUCUGUUGGCGCAGUCUUUCAUCCUCCUAAAACCUGUUUUCCACUGCUUAAAUGAAAUUCUGGAUCUUUGUCAUAGUUUUUGUUCUCUGGUCAGUCAGAAUCUGGGCCCAUUGGAUGAACGGGGAGCUGCACAACUCAGUAUUUUGGUGAAGGGAUUCAGUCGUCAGUCAUCGCUUCUCUUCAAGAUUCUCUCUAGUGUUCGCAACCAUCAGAUAAACUCUGACUUGGCUCAACUGCUGCUACGCUUGGAUUAUAACAAAUACUACACCCAGGCUGGAGGAACUUUGGGCAGCUGGCUCUUGCCUGGUGAACCACUGUUUCAGAAGGAAUGGGCAGGAGGUGCCACUUAUCUGGACUACGAUCCUUCGCAAGCUGGAAUACGGAGGAAGUAG